AUGACCUGCGGGGAGUCAGAGUUAGGACCUUGGGGACACCCUGGCUCGCCCCACCCGGCAGGUGAACAAAGAAGCCAGUGCAGCAAAGUGGGUCGGAGUGAGGCCCUUCCCCGUGGGCAGCCCACCGAGGAUGGGAGAGCGCUGGCCCUCAGUGCCAUGCUGUCCCUGGGGCGGGUGGGCGGGAGGAAGGGACACUUUGGCCUGAGAGGGACAGGGCCGGGGCAGACCCUUGAGAGGCCCAGGGGGGGACCGUCCCACCUGGACUGCCGGGGACCUCCCAGACUGGACUUCAAGAACUGGCAGCGGAGGCCUCGGUCUGAGGCGGGGGUCCCUCAGGACACAGAACAGAGGAGGCGCGGGCCAGAACCACUUGUCCAGGUUCGGCCGGACACUGACACCAUGUCCAUGGAGCAGAAGAAUGAGCUCUGGAAGCUGGAAGAAGACCCAGUAGACUCCCAGGACCUGGGGUCUGCUGCUGAGUCCCUGAGUCCUCCCCAGGGCUCUCAGAGUGCUGACGCAUCUCCUAGCAGCGGGGAAGCCACUGCCUGGAGCCAGCCCAAACAUGGCUCCAGCAUCCCAGAUGAGCAGGGGUCAAGCACCUCGGAGGAGCCGGAAGAUACCCAGCCCUCAACCCAAGGAAGGCUCCACGUGAAAGUGUGUGAUCUGAUGGUGUUUCUGCUCUUCAAGUAUUGCACCAAGCAGCCUACCAACAAGGCAGAGAUGCUGGAGAUCGUCAGCAAAGAAUACCAGGAUGACUUCCCCAUCAUCUUGGGCCAAGCCUCCGAGUGUAUGCGGCUGGUCUUUGGCAUAGACGUGAAGGAAGUGGAUUCCAGCGAGCACUCCUACAUCCUGAUCACCAUCCUGGGCCUCAGCUGCGAUGGGAUGCUGAGUGGUGAAAGGGGCCUGCCCAAGACCAGCCUCCUGGUCCUGCUCCUGGGGGUGAUCCUCCUGGAGGAUGGUUGUGCCCCCGAGGAGGAGGUGUGGGAGGCGCUGAGGGUAAUGGGGGUGUAUGAUGGCCAGGAGCACUUCAUCUAUGGGGAGCCUAGAAACCUCCUCACCAAUGUCUGGGUGCAGGAAGGUUAUGUGGAGUACCGGCAGGUGGCGGGCAGUGACCCUGCCCGCUAUGAGUUCCUGUGGGGGCCCAGGGCCUACACAGAAACCAGCAAGUUGCAAGUCUUGGAGUAUUUCCUGCAGGUGAAUAGGAGGCAGCCGGGCUCCUCCCUGUCCCUUUCUGAAGAGGAGGGGACUGAUGAGGAAGAGUAG